AAAUUGAAAACGUCGUACCCAGGGCCAGCAGCAGCAGGUGCUUCUUUGAAAUCAAGAAAACACACCUAAACCAACUACUCUCCUCCAACGUUUCACCUUCCGGCCAAGAAGGAAGUUCUGCAGCGGAAUGUUCGCGAAACGUCUCUUCCAGAAAGGCGGUCAUCGUCAUCUGCAUCAAGAAAAGGGUCUGCUGACUCCGGAUGACUUCAAUCUUCGGGUUAAUGUACAUUAUGGAAUCCCUUCUACGGCCUCGAUACUUGCUUUUGAUCCGAUUCAGCGACUACUGGCAAUCGGCACUUUGGAUGGCAGGAUAAAAGUAAUUGGUGGCGAUAAUGUUGAAGGACUAUUGAUUUCACCAAAAGUGUCGCCUUUCAAGCACUUGGAGUUUCUGCAAAAUCAAGGCUUUUUAAUUAGCAUUACAAAUGACAAUGAUAUUCAGGUUUGGAAUCUGGAGAAGAGGUCAAUAGAUUGUAGUUUACAGUGGGAAUCCAAUGUAACCGCUUUCUCUGUAAUCAGUGGCUCCUCAUUUAUGUAUGUUGGUGAUGAGUACGGAAUGAUGUCUGUUUUGAAAUAUGAUCCUGAAUGUGAAGAGCUUUUGCGAUUGCAAUACCAACUAUCUUCAGAUUCUCUUGCUGAAUCAGUUGGAUCCUCAAUUUCUAAUCGGCAACCCAUAGUUGGAAUUCUUCCUCAACCCUGUUCUUCCUGGAAUAGGCUAUUGAUUACUUAUGAGAGUGGUCUGGUUAUUCUAUGGGAUGUGGUUGAAGCAAAAGUUAUUGUUGUUCGAGGAAAUAAAGACCUCCAUUUGGAAAAGAGAGUUGUUCCUCCAAGUGAUGCAGAGAUGAAUAUCGUAAAUGAUGCUCCUUCCCGUGACGGGGAGAAAGAGAUCAGUGCUCUUUGUUGGGUAUCUAGUAAUGGAUCUGUUCUUGCUGUUGGGUAUGUAGAUGGAGAUAUUUUAUUUUGGGAUACAUCACACAAUUCUUCUAAUGAAGAUGAAGAAGAUGCACUGUCACCAAAUGUUGUCCAACUGCAGUUAUCUUCUGCUGAAAAGAGGCUUCCUGUCAUUGUUUUACACUGGUUGGACCAGUGUAAAUACAGCAAACAGAAGAAAGGUCAACUAAUAUUAUAUGGUGGUGAUGAGAUAGGCUGUGAUGAAGUUGUUACGGUUUUGACUCUUGAAUGGUCAGCUGGAAUGCAAACAAUGAGAUGCAUAGAUCGUGUGGACCUCAAUCUUAGUGGUUCUUUUGCUGAUAUGAUCUUAAUUCCAUCUGUUGGUGCAACAGGGAGUGAUACAAAUGCUUCCCUGUUUGUAUUGUCAAGCCCUGGGCAAAUACAGAUUUAUGACACAAACAGUUUUCCUUCCUCAAAUUUGCAGUCAAGGAAGGUACUACCAGUCUCAGCCAUUAACUUUCCAGCUAGUAUCUCAACUGUUCAUCCUUUGUUGACAGUUUCAGAGCUUUUUCUUGUGUAUGAUAGCAUCGAGGCUUUAGGAUCUGAGACUGCUGUGGUAAAUUCAACACCAACAUUGCCUGGGAACAGAAAGUGGCCUGUUACGGGAGGAAUAAGUAACCAUGCAACUUUUGAGAAAGAUGAUAAUGUCCACAAACUGUUUGUAGCAGGGUAUCAGGAUGGAUCAGUCCGCAUAUGGAAUGCCACUAAUCCAGUUUUCCGGCUCCUUUGUGUUUUGACAAAUGAGGUUAAUGGCAAACGAUUAGUUGAUUCUGGUGCUUCGUUGACUACAAUAGAUUUGUGCUUCUCCACAUUCACAUUAGCUGUUGGCAGCGAAUGCGGUCUGGUUCUACUUUACCACCUUUGCAGCUCUGGUGAUGGUAGCUUUCACUUUGUUACAGAGAUCACGAGUGAAGUUCAUAAUUCUGCUCCAGUCCAAGGACCUAGGUGCAGAGCUGCUUUCAAGCUUCAGAAAUCUGGAGUUCGGACACUUAAUUUUGUUCGUGAUGGCUGCAGGCUGAUUGUAGGAUAUGAAUGUUCUCGAGUUGCAGUGCUAGAUGCACGUUCAUUAUCCGUUGAAUUUAUAACAGAUGCCAUAUCCAGCUCACCAUUGAUAUCAGUAACAUGGAAAGGAUUCAUAUCUGGAAUAGAUAAAAGCUCAGAUGAAACUGCAUCAAAAACACCUGCUAAUAGUACUGGAGAACUUAUAUUUGUAACAACCAAGGAUGCUAGUGUAUAUGCCAUUGAUGGAAAGAGUGGUAGCAUGAUCAGCACAAAGCCCAUGCAGUUGAAGAAGAAUUCAACACCAAUUUCACUCUAUGUCAUAGAGAACUGGGAAACAGUUCAUAGGUCUUUAGAUGUACAACUUCCAAAGGAUGGAACUCCAAGAAAUGAGCUCUCACAAAAUGAUUCUCAAGGGAGUGAUGAACAUGAAACACAAGAGAGCCCAAUCACCUCAACUCCCUCUGCACAUAGUUUGAAGGAGCUACUAGUUGUGCUCUGUUCUACUGAUGUUCUGCAUAUCUACUCUGCCAAGUCUGUGGUUCAAGGAGAAAGUAAAUACAUACAUAAAGUUAAACUGCCCAAACCCUGCUGUUGGACUAGUCUUUUCAAAAAAGAUACGGAAGUUUGUGGCCUGGUGUUGUUAUAUCAGACAGGGGAUAUGGAGAUCAGAUCAUUGCCUGAUCUAGACUUGGUGAGAGAUCUUUCUCCUUUAUCGGAGUUAAGGUGGAAUUUCAAGACAAACAUGGAUAGGAUGACGAGCUCUACAGAAAAUGGACAUAUAGUAUUGGUGAAUGGUUCAGAAGUGGCAGUUAUUUCUCUAUUAGAGAGUGAAAAUGAUUUCAGGAUUCCAGAGUCCCUACCUCAUCUUCAUGAUGAAGUGCUGGCUGCUGCAGCUAACGCUGCAAUCAGUGUUUCUUCCUAUCCCAAGAGAAAGGAGGGAAGCAAUACUGGUCUCCUUGGAGGCAUUGUGAAAGGAUUUAAGGGAUGGAAAUCAAAGAGCAACCCUGCUUCCCCUUCAAAAUCUAGUUUAAAUAAUCUGGACGACAUUUUCAAGAAGAACCCAUUUUCAGAGCCAUCGACUGCCACCAUAGAUGAACAUGAAGUCGAGCUUUCUAUAGAUGACAUUGAAAUUGAUGAUCCUGAGCCUUUGCCAUCGACGUCAUCCCAAGAAGUCAAUAACUCAGAUAGAGAUGAAAAAAGCCAACGAGAAAGAUUGUUUGGUAAUGAUGACGAUAUUACACCCCGACUCAGAACACGAGAAGAGAUCAUUGCUAAAUACAGAAAAGCUGCGGAUGCCUCUUCUGCAGCUGGCCAAGCAAGAGAUAAGCUUCUGGAGCGCCAAGAAAAACUUGAGCGAAUCAGUAGGCGCACAGAAGACCUGCGACAUGGUGCAGAAGACUUUGCGUCACUGGCUAAUGAGCUUGUCAAGGCAAUGGAGAAAAGAAAGUGGUAUCAUAUAUAAUAUCAAUCCUAUGGACUAGAUGCCCUCCCAAGUUGCCGCCAGAUUACUUGCAUUGUAAUUUAUUAUUAGACGAUGAAGGAAGGUUCGUAGAUGUCUAUAUUAAGGCUGCACACAGGCUUGUAAGUCAUCUCAUUUUUGAAUGAAGCCUAACUGCAGGAAUGUCACUUUUAACUUAUUCAUAGCUAAGUACAGUUACGUGCCACCCCUUAGAUUUUACAUGAGAGUGACUACAAUUAAAAAUAUAACAGAUGCAACCUGCAAUACCUGCAAUUUUCAUUGUAUUUUGGUAUGGUAUCCAUAUGCCUAAAACACAAGCUGCACAGAAACAUGAAUUUCACCCAUGAGGGGUGUAAUGAUAUAUAGCCUGGGCUGUAAUAAUACUCAAACAGAUAGUAGAUAUAUAAUUGACAGGAUAUAUAUAUAUAUAUAUGUGUGUGUAUAAAAGGAAUGGGUCAACUAUACGUAUCAGUGGCCUUAUGAGAAAAUAAUUUACAUGUCAAGAAAAAAAAAAAAAAUGGUUCCCAAUAACUAAUACCGAAGUAAA